AUGAAAGUUGUUUAAGCACUCAAAUCCACAAAGUUUCCUUUUGCUUCAUUUACUAAUAGAGAUGUUAAGUCUGAUUUUCAUCUUCUCAAACCUCACUUUGAAAAUUUAGUUCCAGAUGAGUAUUUAUAGAAAAGAUUAAAAUUAACAUCUAAUAAAAUAAUGAGAAAGAGAAGAAUGAUGAAUUAUCAUAUAGAAUUUGAUAAAAAUGGAAACAUGAUUAGAUUUCAUGAAGAAUACCGUCUUGAUAAUUAUGAUGAAACUAAAUGCUUAUAACAUGCAAAUGUUUAUGAAGAAUUAACUAAAGAAAUGAAACAAGAUUAAAUUUAUAAAGAUUUUCUCUAUAAUACUCUUCAAAUAACUUGGCAACUUAAAUAAUUUUAAAAAGCACAAAUAUCUGUUCAUGCUGUGAGAACUGUAUCUUAAUAUUCUAAAAUAUUAGAUAUCCUAUGUUGAUUAACCUGCUUCACCUACACCAGAAGGUCCAAAUAGAGAUGGAAAUGAUUUAGAAAUUAUAGGUGUAAUCAAUAAAGUCAAUUGUUAAGGAGCAGAAAGUUAAAUUUACAGUUCUGAUAAAUCAAAGUUAUUAUUUGAAAUGAGUCUAGAACCAGGAGAAGGUUAUAUAAUAGAUGAUAAAUCAUUAUGGAAUUAUGCCACAUCUCAUAAACCUAUUGAUGAAUCUUAACUUGGUAUAAGAGACAUUUUAGGAUUUGUGUUGAAAAUUGAUAAUUGA